UCUUUUUACGAAACAAUACUUUUGACUUUCACUAAGUACAUAUUUUCAUCAGGUUUUGGUUUAGUUGAUCCAAACAUUACGAUUGCUAUUCAGUGUUUGCUGCCGGGUGCUGAAAUCGAUUUGUUUCCAGGGGGUAUGCCAUCAUCAGGCGGGCUUGCACUUAACCUGGAACUUUUGUGGCUUCCGUAUCCAGGCCCGCGACCCAGAAUUCGCUGUUUUCACUUUCCGUAGUUUCCACAGUCCAGUCUUCGUUUCAGUUGGGUGUAUUUCAUCAGCGCGUUAGCACCGCAAAAUCAUGAAGUUCCUGAAUCGGAUAAUCCUGUGCAGCGCCUUCCUGGCCGUGGCCAGUGGCUUGAGCUUCACGGUGACGUCGCGGAUCUACAUGGACGUGAAGCACAACAAGAAGCCGGUGGGCAGGAUCACGUUCGGACUCUUCGGGAAGCUGGCUCCCAAAACGGUGGCCAACUUCCGGCACAUUUGCUUGCGCGGCAUCAAUGGCACCAGCUACGUGGGCUCGCGAUUCCAUCGCGUGGUGGACCGCUUCCUCGUCCAAGGCGGCGACAUCCUGAAUGGCGACGGCACUGGCUCCAUUAGCAUCUACGGCGACUACUUCCCGGACGAGGACAAGGCCCUGGAAGUGGAGCACAACAGACCCGGCUACCUGGGCAUGGCCAACCGCGGUCCGGACACCAAUGGCUGCCAGUUCUACGUGACCACCGUGGGCGCCAAGUGGCUGGACGGGAAGCACACCGUAUUCGGCAAGGUGCUGGAGGGAAUGGACACCAUCUAUGCCAUCGAGGAUGUGAAAACCGACACGGAUGACUUCCCAGUGGAACCGGUGGUGAUCUCCAACUGCGGCGAGAUACCCACGGAGCAGUUCGAGUUCUACCCGGACGACUUCAACAUCCUCGGAUGGAUCAAGGCGGCUGGUCUACCGGUGACCAGCUCCUUCUGCGUGCUGCUCAUCUUCCACUACUUUUUCCGCCAGCUCAACAUGUACUGCUGA